AGGUAUUUUCCUGCUGCUAGGACUUAGGUUUCGUUUCAAGCUUAAAAUACAGGAUCACUAGAUCACACCCUAAAAAAGUUUGACAAUGAAAUGAAACCUUAGGAUGAAGUGACAUGGCAGGGAGGAGCUUAGACUUAAAGUACACUUGUUGGUGCAUUAGUCUGUCAACAGAAUAUCUUUAACCAGGAAGAAGGUUGAAGUGAACAGACAUCAGAGAGUCAAGCACUGUACCUGAGAUCUUCAGUUUUUCAAAGCUUCGUAAUGGAAAGACAUAGAAAUCCAACUUCCCGUGGAACUACUGGAGAUGAUGUCCUCAUUUCCCCUGAGCUGGACCGCAUGAUCAGGCAGAGAGGCAGAGACCUUCGCCUGCGUAAGACUGACCAACAACAAGCUGUGAAACUUGUCAAUCAUCUGAUUGAUAGCCUAGUGGAUUUCCUUAAAAACAAUGAAGAUCAGGCCUUUUUCAAAGAGGUCUCUGUUCUCACCAGUGGCAGCUACUAUGAGAUGGUGAAGAUCAACAAACCCAACGAGUUUGACAUUAUGCUGAAAUUUAAAGUACCAAGGCUUACCUUUUCCAGUCUUGAAGAUUAUAAUGGAGUGUUUUAUAAGGUGAAGCUUUACAAAGCCACGCGUUUGAAUAUCCAGAACUUUCUUUUGGAAGACGGCCUAACCAUCUCAGCAACCAAAAUCAAAAAAGAAAUGCAUCGUUUGGUCCGGAAAUUCAUUAGCAACUAUAAAGGUGAGGGUUGCUGGAUAAUACGCAGAUCACAAAUGACUUCACCUGCAGUAACUCUUGAAUUAAAACCCAAAAAUGAAGAAGAGGAUGUAUUGUCUGUAGACAUUGUGCCUGCCCUUGAGGUGCCACAGGGUUGGCCACAAGCUGCACGGGCAGGUCCAGAUAUUGACAUGUGGCUUGGAAAGCGGUGUCGUCGCAACUUCACCAGUAAGGCCGUUUACUUUGUCCCAAAGGGACCAAAAGCGAAAAACCUUAAAGAUGAGGACAAAGAGAGCUGGCGGAUAUCAUUCUCUCACAUUGAGAAAGAGAUGAUCCAGUAUCAUGGCAAUAAACGAACAUGUUGUGAGGGGCCUUCCAAUAAGUGUUGCCGGAAACGUUGUUUACGACUUCUCAAGUGUCUAAUUGAGGGACUGAAGCAACGUCAUCCCAAAGAGCUUGAUGCACUGUGCUCAUAUCAUGGUAAAACAGCCUUCUUCCACACGCUGUCAGUCAGAGCACAGGACUCUCUUUGGUCUCCUGGUCAGCUGUCCGACUGCUUCAUGAAGCUUUUUGGAGACUUUGAACGAUGUGCACAAAGUGGUACACUGUUUCACUUCUUUGUUCGCGGUCAUAAUCUUUUCUCUCCGCCUGCCUUUCCGAAGCGGAGUCUCGUGUUUCUGACAAAUGCUCUGAAGGAGCAAAGAGAAUCAGGUUUUCCUGUUUUGAGGAUGCCAAGUCCUGGCCCUGCUCUUGUUCCUGACAAUAGCCCUGUAAUUUGCCCAAAUCCAAUCAAUGGCACAGAAAGUAUUGCAGACUCUAAGCAUUAUUAUUGGGAAGUGAGUUUAAUAUGUGUUAUUGUGGUAAUUGGAUGUUUAUUUGUUUUCAUUUAAUACAUCAAAACCUUUCUAUGGAUUUUAUUUAACCUCUUAAGACCCGAGCUUUGGUUUGUCUUUUUUCCGAUUUCUUCCAGCUAUUUGGGGUAAGGAAGAACCAAUCAAUAUAAUAACCAAAUAUUUUUUUCUAAGAACAUGGAGCAGUGUAAUUGUCCAUGUUUAUGCACAACAGGUUCCAGUUACACAGAAUUUAGUAUUAUGGUGCAAAAAACAAAAAAUGUGAUGUCCAGGUAUGUGGACAUCCAGGUCUUAGGAGGUUGAUAAAUUCAAAAAAUAAUCAAUGCAGUUACAAUCAAAUUAAACAUUUAAUUAAUAAGUUUAAAUUAUUUAAACUACUAUUUUACUUUUUUUGCACUAUGAGAAACAAUGCACACAUACUUUAUGAUUGAUCAUUGCUGAUUGUGGAAAUUAACACACUACCAAAUUACUGUAAAUAUAAUUAACAAUAUAAUUUUAAAUUAUAAUAAAUUAUUGAUAUUUAAUGAUCAUAGUGCCAAUGACUAAUAUAUACGAUUAUAAAAAAGAUAGCCUUUAUAAAGAGGAAAUAGAAGAAAUAAAGUAUUGCAUCUUUUACUUUGUACAAACUGUGUGUGUUUAUUACAUAAAAUAACCUAACUAAGUUCAGCUUUGCAUGAUUUUUAGAAGAAGCUUCACGUUUCAUUAUAACAGCUAAAACAUAAUGUAAAAUUACAGUAACUGUAACUUUGUAUUUUUUACGGAAAAUUUCUGUAAUUUAUUCUGCUCAUUAUUUUACGGUAUUUUUCUGGCACCCAAGCUGCUGGACUUUUACAGGUUUUUUUACAGUGUAAAAAUUCAUGGUAUAGUGUCUGAUUUAAUAAAACUCAUAUUU